AUGGAAGCAGUCACGCUGCUUAGAAGUGUGCCUCUCUUAACUUAUGUGACGGCUGUCCCUACAGCAUGCCUAGCCUACGUGCUGGCUACCUGCAUCUACCGGGUCUGGUUUCAUCCCCUCGCAAAAUACCCAGGUCCUCUGCUAGCUAAAGUGACCAACCUGUACGGAGGGUACUAUGCUUGGAAAGGGGACCUGCACAUCGAUAUGAUGCGCUGUCAUGAGAAAUAUGGUAAUUAUGUACGAUACGCACCAAACCGUGUCCUAUUCAACACCAAUACCGGAUUGAAGGAGAUCUACGCGUUCAGCAAAAGCUUCCAAAAGUCGGCCGCUUACGGUGCUAUGGUCCACCGUGCUCCCAACACGCUCACUCUCAUCGAUAAACGGCAGCACGGCCGCAAGCGCCGCAUCAUCGGGCAGGGUUUUGGAGAUGCCGCCCUGCGCGGCUUCGAAGGGACCACCAUGGACCACGUCCGCAAGUUCUGUGACGCAUUGGCCAAGGAUAUCCCAGACGAAAAACCUGGCGGAUGGUCUCGCCCACAGAACAUGGCGAAGUGGUCAAACUAUCUCACCUUUGACAUCAUGUCCAGCAUCAUAUUCGGAGAAAGCUUUGAUCUCAUCGGCAGUCCCGACAAUAGAGAAAUUGUCCAGUGCAUCGAAGAUUCCAAUGUGCGUACUGGAGUUCUCCUCCAAGCUACCGAGCUAUCCGCGCGCCGUCUUGAUCGACGCCUUUUCCCCGAGGCGAUCAAGGGCCGGAAUGCGUUCAUUGGAUUCGUCAACAAGCUUCUAAAAAAGCGCAUGUCUGCGAAACCCUUGAAGCGCCAUGAUGUGUUUUCUUUCCUGCUGGAUGCGAUCGAUCCGGAGACGCAGCAGGGGUUCACGCCUGCGGAGAUUGGUGCUGAGAGUACCACCAUGAUUGUUGCCGGAUCCGACACAUCCUCCACCGCCAUAGCAUCCACAUUCUUCUACCUCUGCCAUUACCCUGACCGGUACGAAAAGGUCAAGGAGGAGGUUCGCGCCGCCUUUCCCCACGCCGACAAUGUCGCACUCGGGCCCAGCCUGAACAACUGUGUCUACUUGCGCGCGUGCAUCGACGAGAGUCUGCGCAUGUCCCCACCCGCCAGUAGCUCCCUUUGGCGCGAGGUUCUGGACGAGGGGGUCGUGAUCGACGGACAUGUCAUUCCGCGAGGCGCUGAUGUGGGCACCUGCAUCUACGCCAUCCACCACAACGCCGACUACUACCCGCAACCGUAUAAGUAUCGCCCUGAGCGAUGGCUUGACCCGGUGCCGGAGAAGGUGCAGCUGGCGCGGUCGGCAUUCAAUCCGUUCUCCAUUGGGCCGAGAAGCUGUCUGGGGAAAGGGCUAGCAUUGACGGAGUUGAUGUUGACCAUGGCGUACAUGCUGUCGAAGUAUGAUUUCCGAAGUGCUCCGGGAGCGGGCGAGAAGGUCGGGGGUGGGAGUAUGGCCAUGGGAUCUGGAAGACAGCGUGAGAGGGAAUAUCAGCUGUAUGACCAUGUCACGGCCGCGAAGAAUGGACCGAUCGUGCAGGUUCGCGUGCGAUAG